AUGUUGUCAUUGCGGCAUCUGACUGAAGUAUUGCAUCUGGCAUUAGAUGUGAAAUUUGAGCUGAAAAUAAAAUUUAUAAGACCUGUUGUGACAGUUGACACUGUCAGGUACAUGGAACAUGACACUGUCAGGUACAUGGAACAUGACACUGUCAGGUACAUGGAACAUGUCACUGUCCGCUACAUGGAACAUGACACUGUCAGCUACAUGGAACAUGACACAGUCAGCUACAUGGAACAUGACACAGUCAGCUACAUGGAACAUGACACAGUCAGCUACAUGGAACAUGACACAGUCAGCUACAUGGAACAUGACACAGUCCGCUACAUGGAACAUGACACUGUCAGCUACAUGGAACACGACACUGUCAGCUACAUGGAACACGACACUGUCAGCUACAUGGAACAUGACACUGUCAGCUACAUGGAACAUGACACUGUCAGCUACAUGGAACAUGACUAG